CCUACACAUUGUUACAACAUUUGUGAGGCGCACAGUGAUGUGGUAGAGCUUGAUUUGGCCUGUUAGCUGGGCCAUAUUGCAUCAAGUUUAAAUCAUCGGCCUUAGUUACACGCGUAUGUUAACUCCGUAUUAACGUUAGCGGACUUUUCUUAGCGGAUUUACAAUCAUCGCGAAUCGAAUUAGGGGCGUUUCAGGCCCGACGUGAACAUAAUUGUACACUCGCAAACUCCAUUAGAAACGAGGGCUACUAAGGGGCUUAAGUUGCAAACUUGCCUUGCUUGGCUAAUAAUUUGGACUGACGACAAAUAUGGUUGCGGCGAUUCCUCCAAGGGCAUAUGACGAGGGUGUGUCUUAAGUGUUUUGGACUGCAACCUAUUCCCUAAGAAUUUAUGUCAGGAACUAAGAGGGGCAGCUAAAAUGGGUCCUUCGUUCUUACGUCCUCAGAUGCACUGACACAAAAAACGUGUGUUAUGUGAACGAUGAAGUAGUUGUGAAACAGCUAGCUCGCUAUACAAUACCAAAUUAUUCCCCUUUUGUAAUUGAUAAAGUAGUAUAACAUCAGUCGGGACCGCAGGGACACCUUGAAGGGCACUACACGUCAGUAGACACCACACCGAAGAAAUGUCCUCAGUCAAGGAGGAAGGUAAGGACCGUGUCAUCUUUGUGACUAAGGAGGAACAUGAAGCACCGAGCAACGCUGAGCUGGUGGAGGAGGAUCCUGAUGACCCCUAUGAAGAACGAGGUCUGAUCCUGCCCAAUGGGGAGAUCAACUGGAACUGCCCCUGUCUGGGAGGGAUGGCCAGCGGCCCCUGUGGAGCAUCGUUUAAGGAGGCCUUCUCCUGUUUCCACUACAGCAAGGAGGAGGUGAAGGGCUCAGAGUGCCUGGAGCAAUUCAGGGGCAUGCAGGAUUGUAUGCAGAGAUACCCAGAACUCUACCCCCAGGAGGAUGACAAGGAGACCCAGGGAGGGCCAUCUGAAACGGAUCCUUCCAAACAAAACUCUGCCCCUGAACCAACCCCUACACCUGCAGCCCUUGUCCAAGACUCUAGCCCUUCCACUGCCCCUGCUGACACCCCACCACCCUCAAACAGCUCAGCCUCAGGCUGAGCAUGACUCACGACAAGCCCUUUCUAUGGAUGUGUUAAGAUUCUGUGGGUGCCUUGCAAAAGUAUUCAGACCCCUUGGACUUCUUCACAUUUUGUUGUGUUGCAAAGAGAUGAAAAUAGAUUUAAUUAUUUUUUUGUCAACAAAUCUACAAAAAAGACUCUGUGAAAGAAAAAAGUUGAAUAGAAAUUAAAAAACAAAAAUAUAGUCGUUGCAUAAGUAUUCAGCUCCAUGAGUCAAUACAUGUUAGAAACAUCUUUGGCAGUGAUAACAGCUGUGAGUCUUCUUGGGUAAGUCUAUAAGAGCUUUACACACCUGGAUUGUGGAAUAUUUGCCCAUUUAUUAUUUUAAAAAUUCUUCAAGCUCUGUCAAGAUGUUGGGGACCAUGGCUAGACUCUCAAGCAGAAAAAAAAGUAUUGCCAUAGAUUUUCAAGCAGAUUUAAGCCAAAACUAACUUGGCCACUCAGGAACAUUCACUGUCCUCUUGGUAGAUUUGGCCUUGUGUUGUAGGUUAUUUUCCUGCUGAAAUGUGAAGUCCUCUGCUAGUCUCUGGUGUAAAGCAGACUGAAGCAGGUUUUCCUCUAGUUUGUUGCCUGUGCUUAGCUCCACCCCUUCAUUCUUAUCCAGAAAAACUCUAUUUGCCGAUGUCAAGCAUACCCAUUCCAUGAUGUAGCCCCCACAAUGCUUGAAAAUAAUGAGGCAGUUACUCAUUAUUGUGUUAUGUUGGGGUCAAAUCCAACACAAAGGCUUUGCAUUUUGGCCAUGAAGUUUAUUCCUUUGCUGUUUUUUUGUUGCAAUAUGAAUUUUGUGCCUUGUUGCAUACAGGAUGCAAGUUUUGUAUAUUUGUAUUCUUUUCACUGACAUUUAAGUCAUUAUUGUGGAGUGACUACAAUGUUGAUCCAACCUCAGUCUUCAACCAUCAGACAUUGCACUCUAGCUGUUUUAAAAUCACCAAUGGCCUCGUCAAAUCAAGUGUAUUUAUAUAGCCCUUCUUGCAUCAGCUGAAAUAUCAAAGUGCUGUACAGAAACCCAGCCUAAAACCCCAAACAGCAAGCAAUGCAGGUGUAGAAGCACGGUGGCUAGGAAAAACUCCCUAGAAAAGCCAAAACCUAGGAAGAAGCCUAGCGAGAAGCCAGGCUAAGAGGGGUGGGCAGUCCUCUUCUGGCUGGGCUGGGUGGAGAUUAUAACAGAGCAUGGCCAAGAUGUUCAAAUGUUCAUAAAUGACCAGCAUGGUCAAAUAAUAAUAAUCACACUAGUUGUCGAGGGUGCAACAAGUCAACACCUCAGGAGUAAAUGUCAGUUGGCUUUUUCAUAGCCGAUCAUUCAGAGUAUCUUUACCGCUCCUGCUGUCUCUAGAGAGUUGAAAACAGCAGGUCAUGGACAGGUAGCACGUCCGGUGAACAGGUCAGGGUUCCAUAGCCGCAGCCAGAACAGCUGAAACUGGAGCAGCAGCACGACCAGGUGGACUGGGGACAGCAAGGAGUCAUCAUGCCAGGUAGUCCUGAGGCAUGGUCCUAGGGCUCAGGUCCUCCGAAAGAGCUAAUUAUAGAGAGCAUACUUAAACUCACACAGGACACAGGAUAAGACAGGAGAAAUACUCCACAUAUAACAGACUGACCCUAGCCCCCCGACACAAACUACUGCUGCAUAAAUACAGGAGGGGUCAGGAGAAACUGGCCCCAUCCGAUGAUACCCCGGACAGGGCCAAACGGGCAGGAUAUAACCCCACCCACUUUGCCAAAGCACAGCCCCCACACCACUAGAGGUAUAUGUUCAACCACCAACUUACCAUCCUGAGACAAGGCCAAGUAUAGCCCACAAAGAUUUCCACCACGGCACAACCCAAGGGGGGACGCCAACCCAGACAGGAAGACCACGUCAGCAACUCAACCCACUCAAGUGACGCACCCCUCCUAGGGACGGCAUGGAAGAGCACCAGUAAGCCAGUGACUCAGCCCCUGUAAUAGGGUUAGAGGCAGAGAAUCCCAGUGGGGAGACAGCAAGGGCGGUUCGUUGCUCCAGAGCCUUUCCCUUCACCUUCACACUCCUGGGCCAGACUACAUUCAAUCAUAUGACCUACUGAAGAGAUUAGUCUUCAGUAAAGACUUAAAGGUUGAGACCGAGUUUGCGUCUCUCACAUGGGUAGGCAGACCAUUCCAUAAAAAAUUUAGUUCUAUAGGAGAAAGCCCUGCUUCCAGCUGUUUGCUUAGAAAUUCUAGUGACAAUUAGGAGGCCUGCGUCUUGUGACCGUAGCGUAUGUGUAGGUAUGUACAGCACGACCAAAUCGGAAAGAUAGGUAGGAGCAAGCCCAUGUAAUGCUUUGUAGGUUAGCAGUAAAACUUUGAAAUCAGCUCUUGCUUUGACAGGAAGCCAGUGUAGGGAGGCAACCUUGAAUUAACAAAAGCAUGGAUUAAUUUUUCUACAUUUUUGGACAGAAAGUUUCUGAUUUUUGCAAUAUUGCAUAGAUGGAAAAAAAGCUGUCCUUGAAACAGUCUUGAUAUGUGCGUCAAAAGAGAGAUCCGGGUCCAGAGUAACGCCGAGGUCCUUCACAGUUUUAUUUCAGACGACUGUACAACCAUCAAGAUUAAUUGUCAGAUUCAACAGAAGAUCUCUUUGUUUCUUGGGACAUAGAACAAGCAUCUCUGUUUUGUCUGAGUUUAAAAGUAGAAAGUUUGCAGCCAUCCACUUCCUUAUGUCUGAAACACAUGCUUCUAGCGAGAUACAUUUUUGGGCUUCAACAUGUUUCAUUGAAAUGUACAGCUGUGUGUCAUCGGUAUAGCAGUGAAAGUUAACAUUUAUGUUUUCGAAUUACGUCCCCAAGAGAUAAAAUAUAUAGUGAAAACAAUAGUGGUCCUAAAACAGAACCUUAAGGAACACAGAAAUGUACAGUUGAUUUGUCAGAGGACAAACCAUUCACAGAGACAAAUUGAUAUCUUUCUGACAGAUAAGAUCUAAACCAGGCCAGAACUUGUCCGUGUAGACCAAUUUGGGUUUCCAAUCUCUCCAAAAGAAUGUGGUGAUCGUUUGUAUCAAAAGCAGCACUAAGGUCUAGGAGCACGAGGACAGAUGCAGAGCCUCGGUCUGACGCCAUUAAAAGAUCAUUUACCACCUUCACAAGUGCAGUCUCAGUGCUAUGAUGGGGUCUAAAACCAGACUGAAGCAUUUUGUAUGCAUUGUUUGUCUUCAGGAAGGCAGUGAGUUGCUGCGCAAUGGUUUGGCUUUUUCAAGAGAGGCUUUAUUACUGCCAUUUUAUUGAGUUUGGUACACAUCUGGUGGAUAGAGAGCCAUUUAUUAUGUUCAUCAUAGGAGGGCCAAGCACAGGAAGCAGCUCUUUCAGUAGUUUAGUUGGAAUAGGGUCCAGUAUGCAGCUUGAAGAUUUAGAGGCCAUGAUUAUUUUCAUCAUUUUGUCAAGAGAUAUAUAUAUAUAUAUAGUACACUUGAGUGUCUCCCUUGAUCCUAGGUCCUGGCAGAGUUGUGCAGACUCAGGACAACUGAGCUUUGGAGAAAUACGCAGAUUUAAAGGGGAGUCCAUAAUUUGCUUUCUAAUGAUCAUGAUCUUUUCCUCAAAGAAGUUCAUGAAUUUAUUACUGCUCAAGUGAAAGCCAUCGUCUCUUGGGGAAUUCUGCUUUUUAGUUAGCUUUGCGACAGUAUCAAAAAUACAUUUCGGAUUGUUCUUAUUUUCCUCAAUUAAGUUGGAAAAAUAGGAUGAUCAAGCAGCAGUGAGGGCUCUUCGAUACUGCAUGGUACUGUCUUUCCAAGCUAGUCAGAAGACUUCCAGUUUGGUGUGGCGCCAUUUCCGUUCCAAUUUUCUGUAAGCUUGCUUCAGAGCUCGGGUAUUUUCUGUAUACCAGGGAGUUUCUUAUGAAAAAUGUUUUUAGGGGUGCGACUGCAUCUAGGGUAUUGCGCACGGUUAAAUUGAGUUCCUCGGUUAGGUGGUUAACUGAUUUUUGUCCUCUGACAUCCUUGGGUAGGCAGAGGGAGUCUGGAAGGGCAUCAAGGAAUCUUUGGGUUGUCUGAGAAUUCAUAGCACAAAUUGUGAUGCUCCUUGGUUGGGGUCUGAGCAGAUUAUUUGUUGCGAUUGCAAACGUAAUAAAAUGGUAACAUCCCUGAGCUGUUUCAACCUGUCCUGCAGCUCAGUUCAGGAGGACAACUGUAUUUUUUUUAUGUGUCUGGGUGGUGUAAUAUACACAGAGUACAAAACAUUAAACUCAAGAGCCUUAAGACAAUUGGGACAUGGAUUAUGUAUGUAUGCCAUUCAGAGGGUGAAUAGGCAAGACAAAAUAUUUAAGUGCUUUUGAACUGGGUAUGGUUCCUUGUGGGAUGCUUUCGACACCUUGUAGGGUCCAUUCCCCGACAAAUAGAGGCUAUUGUUAGGGCAAAUGGGGAAUGAGGGGGGGUGUUAGUCAUUCGGAGAUCAUGUAAUUUAUUAUGUGAUUUGUUAAACCAAAUGUUACUCCUGAACUAAUUUAGGCUUGAAUGUAUUAAUCCACUUUGAUAUUUCAGAUUAUUUCGUUUUAAUUGUUGACAAAAAAUUACAAAUCCAUUUUAAUCCCUCUUUGUAACACAAAAUGUGAAGAAAUCCAAGGAGUCAGAAUACUUUUGUAAGGCACUCUAUGUAUUGUUUCUGGAUAGCUGAAAGCUUAAAAAUAUAUAUGAAAUGGGAACACAAUAGAAUCUACAGUGCCUUCAGAAAGUAUUCCCUUAACUUUUUCCACAUUUUGCUGUGUUACAGCCUGAAUUUCAAAUGGAUACAAUUUCAAUUUUGUGUCACUGGCUUCCACACAAUACUCCAUAAUGGUAAAGUGGAAUUAUGUUUUUCAAUAUUUUUACAAGUUAAUGGAUAAUGAAAAGCUGGAAUGUCUUGAGUCAAUAAUACGUGACCCCUUUGUUAUGGCAUGCCUAAAUAAGUUCAGGAGUACACAUUUGUUUAACAAGUCACAAGUUGCAUGGACUCACUAUGUGCAAUAAUAAUGUUUAACAUGAUUUUUGAAUGACUACCUCUGUAUCCCACACAUAACAAUGAAUUAUCUGUUAAUUGUAUGUGUGGGGGUCGAGCAGUGAAUUUCAAACACAUUCAACCACAAAGACCAGGGAGGUUUUCCAAUGCCUGGCAAAGAAAGGCACCUCUUGCUAGAUAGAUAAGCAAAACGGACAUUGAAUUUCCCUUUGAGCAUGGUGAAGUUAUUAAUUACACUUUGGAUGGUGUAUCAAUACACCCAGUCACAACAAAUAUACAGGCUUCCUUCCUAACUUAGUUGCCGGAGAGGAUGGAAACCACUCUAAGAAAACUGAGGACAUAUCAACAACAUUGUAGUUACUCCACAAUACUAACUUAAUUGACAGUGAAAAGAAGGAAGUCUGUACAGAACAAACAUUUUCAAAAACAUGCAACAAGACACGAAAAUAAUACUGCAAAAAAACUGGCAAAGCAAUUAACUUUUUGUCCUGAAUACAAAGUGUUAUGUUUGGGAAAAAUCCAAUAUAACAAAUUACUGAGUACCACUCUCAAAUGUUCAAGCAUAAUGUUAUAGGCAUGCUUGUAAUCGUUUAGGACUGGGGAGUUUUUCAGGAUAAAAAAGAAACAGAAUGGAGCUAAGCACAGGCAAAAUCCUAGAGGAAAAUCUGGUUCAGUUUGCUUUCCACCAGACACUGGGAUAUGGCCACAUCUUCGCUGGAGUUGCUUACCAAGCAGAUAGUGAAGGUUCCGGAGUGGGCGAGUUACUUUUUUGACUUAAAUCUACACUGAACAAAUAUAUAAACACAACAUGUAAAGUGUUGGUUUCAUGAGCUGAAAUAAAAGAUCCCAGAAAUUGUC